AUAUUUGGAGAAAAUGACCCACUGGUUUCAUAGAAACCCAUUAAAAGCCACAGCUCCUGUGUCUUUUAACUACUAUGGUGUAGUCACUGGCCCUGCUGCUUCAAAAAUUUGCAAUGAAUUGAGGUCAUCCAGAGCAAGGCUGCUUGAACUGUUGACUGAUUCGAACUGUAAUCCAGAAAUGAUGAAGAAUGCAGCAGAUUCAUAUUUUUCACUUUUACAAGGUUUUAUAAAUUCACUGGAUGAAUCUACCCAAGAAAGCAAGUUGCGAUAUAUUCAAAAUUUCAAGUGGACUGAUACACUACAAGGGCAGGUCCCAAGUGCGCAACAGGAUGCUGUUUUUGAAUUAAUUUCCAUGGGAUUUAAUGUAGCUUUAUGGUAUACCAAAUACGCUUCACGGCUGGCUGGAAAAGAAAACAUAACAGAAGAUGAAGCAAAAGAAGUUCAUCGAAGCCUAAAAAUUGCAGCUGGGGUUUUUAAACAUUUAAAGGAAAAUCAUAUCCCCAAACUAAUUACACCUGCAGAAAAGGGAAGAGAUUUAGAGGCACGACUCAUGGAUGCUUAUAUUAUCCAGUGCCAGGCUGAAGCGCAAGAAGUAACAAUUGCUCGAGCAAUUGAGCUCAAACAUGCCCCGAGACUAAUUGCUGCACUGGCAUAUGAAACAGCCAAUUUCUAUCAGAAAGCAGAUCAUACUUUAUCCAGUUUGGAGCCUGCAUACUCUGCAAAAUGGAGAAAAUAUCUUCACUUAAAAAUGUGUUUCUACACAGCAUAUGCUUAUUGUUACCAUGGUCAAACUUUAUUGGCUGGGGAUAAAUGUGGUGAAGCAAUCAGGUCUCUCCAAGAAGCAGAAAAACUUUAUGUAAAGGCAGAAGCAUUAUGCAAAGAGUAUGGUGAAACCAAAGGCCCUGGACCCACAGUCAAACCUUCCGGACACUUGUUCUUUCGGAAACUUGGAAAUCUUGUGAAGAACACCCUAGAAAAGUGCCAAAGGGAAAAUGGAUUUAUUUACUUCCAAAAAAUUCCAACAGAAGCCCCACAACUGGAACUUAAAGCAAAUUAUGGUCUUGUAGAGCCUGUACCUUUCGACUUUCCUCCUACAAAUGCUCAGUGGACACCAGAAACGUUGGCUGCAUUUGAUCUCACCAAAAGACCCAAGGAUGACAGUACCAAGCCCAAACCAGAAGAAGAAGUAAGACCUGUGAAAGAACCAGAUAUCAAACCUCAGAAGGACACUGGGUGCAACAUUUCCUAAAGUGUGUGGAUAUACACUUUGAAUUUCUGUACUUGUAGAUAAAGAUAAACUGGAACUGUAGUUCACAUUUCUUAAGAUCAUUUCUCUGGAGCCUAUAGAAUGAUUCAUUCCAUUCAGAGAAAAUAUGCCUUCACUUGAUCUGUUCUUGAUUUUCAUAUAGUGGAGAUGCUUCAUGCUUGGUUUCUAGACUCUCUUUUUCAAUCAAGACAACUUUUGAAAGAUUCUAGUGUGCCUCUAAAAGGUAUAUUUGGGGGAGUUGGGUCUUUUUUUUUUUCACUCUGGGCAGUUUCAAUUAGUAUAUUAAAGGUCAGAAUCAUGAGGUUUCAGAUAUAUUUUUCU